CUAUGCGGCCGCCCGGGCCAGGUUUUGCACGGGCACGAGAGCCCAUUCAUUUGAAUGGACUCCCUUGCCUCGUGACACGCAGGGAAGACGUCCCGGCUCGUCUUUGGAAAAUGCAGCCGAGGUACGGUUUGCGUUUUCCAGUGCGGGUGGCGUGCCAUUAGAACUAAUGGCACCUGCCCGUGGGUCCGCAUUUCUCUGUGCGGGUGGUUCACAUCUGUGCGGGUGGUGCCGCAUAUCCGCACAAAAAUCCAUGCAGCCGCACCACCCGCACAGAGAAAUGCGGACCUGCGG